AUGAAGUCAGCCGGUCUCUCGUCAACGCUGGCACUCGCUGUCUUGCUUGGGCUCUCGGCUGCUCAUCCCAAGGGCACUAGAGGUGCCAGGGGAGCAAUUAUUCGGCCUCAGAAGAUCCUUUUCACUGAGCCUUCGCUCAACGAGGCCACCGAGGCCCCCCAAUUCGUUGUUUAUGUCGACGAAGAGGGCACUCCGGUAGAAACAACUGUCGAGACGGUCCGCUUCGUGCCGGGGCCACAAACACUCAAGCACCCCUCGCCUAUCGAACUUGAAACCCGCUCCGAAGAAUUAGCCACCCGUGUUACGUCGCGAGACCUCACCAACGGCAUCGUGGGCUCGUCUUCUUCUUUGAUUGCCUCGACCACUUCUGCUACCGCUUCGUCAACACUGUCCUCUACGCCAACACCAUCUUCCUCCCUUGCUUCGAACUCGACUCUCUACGGCAUUGCUUAUGCACCUUACACAGCAGCAGGACUGUGUAAAUCGGCUGCUCAGAUCGACGCCGACUUCACGGAGCUCAAAGGCAAGUACUUGGUAGUUCGCACAUACGGUACCGACUGCAAUCAGAUCGCGAACGCCCUUCCCGCGGCCAAAAAGGCUGGUCUCAAACUCUUCUUGGGCAUCUUUGACAUCAGCUCAAUCUCUGCUCAGGUCGCAUCCAUUAUCGUAGCUGUCGGCAACGACUGGUCUCUGAUCGAUACUGUCAGUGUCGGUAACGAGUUGGUCAACAAUGGCAAGGCCACGGCGCAGCAAAUUGUAACAGCCGUCGGUCAGACACGCCAGCUUCUCCGCGCUGCCGGGUACACCGGUCCUGUCGUCACCGUUGAUACUUUCGUGGCGGUUCUUGCCAACCCCUCUCUUUGCGAUGCUUCUGACUACUGCGCGAUGAACAUUCACCCUUUUUUCGACAGCAAUACGGCUGCGAAGGACGCCGGGUCGUUCAUCACUAGCACGGUUGCUCAGGUCCAGGCGAAGCUCUCUGACCGCAGCAAGCGCAUUGUUUGCACGGAGACUGGGUGGCCAUGGAAGGGAAACGCCAACGGUGUUGCCGUCCCAGGUCUCAGUGAGCAGAAGCUGGCUGUCGACUCGAUCAAGAAGGCAUACGAAAGCCAUCCAGGUGACGUCAUUCUCUUCUCAGCCUUCAACGACCUCUGGAAGAGCGCCGAGGCAGCGACCUUCAAUGCGGAGCAAUACUGGGGCAUUGGAGCUUUGUACUCGGCGUCUGGAAAAUAG